AUGCUCGGGCCCAUCUCCAGGGCAACCCCAUUAAUAGAGCUCUGGGCAGCCAGCCUUGGCCCCAGUGAGCCUAUGCAAAGCAUCGGAGAGCAUGAAAGCACAGGUGCCUGUGCGCAUGGACAGAGGGUCCCUGCUCAGCUUCUGGGGCUCCUGCUGCUCUGGCUCCCAGGUGCCAGCUGUGACAUCCAGAUGACCCAGUCUCCAUCCUCCCUGACUGUAUCUCUCAGAGACAGAGUCACCAUCACAUGCUGGGCGAGUCAGGGCUUUGGCAAUGCUCUAUCCUGGUUCCAGCAGAAACUAGGGAAAGCUCCUAAGCCCUUGAUUUAUCAUGACCAAUCUGGUGUCCCAUCGAGACUCAGUGGCAGUAGGUUUGGGAGAGAUUUCACUCUCACCAUUAGCAGCUUAGAGUCUGAGGAUGUUGGAACUUAUUACUGUCAUCAGUACCAAGAGCCCCUCCCACAGUGUUAUAGGCAUGAACAUAAACCACCCAGAGAGGCCGAUGUGUGA